UUCUGAAAGCCUCACACAGCCAAAGGGUACAUCCUUGGUAUAGACGAUACACCACCUGGAUAAUCCAGAUGAUCUCAUUUCAAGACCCUUUACUCAAUGACACCUGCCAAGAUCCUUUCUGUGAAUCAGAUCUCAUUCACGGAUCUUGGUGUAGAGGCUCACUCUUACUCACCAGACAGGCAAGGAAGGCUCAAUCCUUUGGCGUUAGAGAGAUACGUGUUGGGUUCUCAAAUUUCAACAUGGAGAAAGGAGUCAUUUGCAAUGCUUUUGAGAAAGUACUGUGUAGACCCUACGAGCCUGCACUCAUUAUGUGUGAGGCUGAUGACCACUGGUUGGCUUAUUAUCCAUUCCCCUAAGUGACAAAAUCCCACGGACUAUUCAAACCCAACAUCAGCUCCUGGCACGCCGGUACCUUUGCAUCACAACCAGCUGCGAUUCCAGGGUGGAGUUCAAACUAAUUGCGGGGGCGUGUGCUUCUUACAUGACUGCUAGAUUGUUCCCAGAUGGGUGAGGUUGCCCUGACAAGCACCUUAAAUGAAAAUAAUAAAUGUGUUGUUUCGCCUCUUUAAAAAAAAAUCAGUCAUCCUCCGGGAAUGGGUUUGUCACCACAGAUGGUGAUUUUCCUUGGUAGAUAACGAGGGUGCCUGGAUUUCUGUUGUUCCUUUACAGAAAACCAGGAAUUCGAUGUCAUGGACCCACUAGCCAAGGGACCUUCCUUGGUACAAAAGGGUAAGAAAUGUGGAUUUGUUCCCUGGGAUAUUCACGUUAGAUGCUCACUACAUCAUCGGCGUCAGGUCAGCUGAGACAAAGGAUGAGGAGACCUAGAAAUCAGGCAAACAGGCUUUACUGAGCUGCUUGGUUGGUCCACCACGGUAAGAGGAGGCAGCCCCCUUACAGACUACAGCAGGGUUUUGUAGGGCCGGAACCAGGUCGGGGUGGGGGAGCUGAGCCAAGGCUGCAGGAGGACUGGGUUGGGGUCGGAGAGCUGAGUAGCGGUUGCAGGUGUCUUGACCGCAUCCUGGAGAUGUUUUUUGCCAGCUUCCUUAUGCAAGGUUGACAGCCAUGGCAACCACAUCCUGUAACUGCCUGGACAAACAGAGCUCAGACCUCAACACACAGGACUCUUGGUGCAGAGAGAAUGAGCUCAAGCCCCUUUUGCAGACAGACACAGUCUCUGUGCAGCAUGUCCGCUUAGAUCUUAAGACCCUUCGUAGGAAAACCAUGAAUGAUACAACCAGACUGACAGGCCAGGAAACAGCCUCCAGGAAGGACAGCCUGCCAGAGGUUACAAGGACAAUGAAACUUGCAGGGUACACGCAUGAUAUUGACCUUCCUAGCGUAGCUGGAGUCAUGGUGCUGCAGGGAGACCUGAAGCCUAUAUGCCUGACUGAACCCCCGCAUCUGGAUCUGUAGAGGCCCCGGCGUCCCAUCUGCCAAGCUCCCUUUGAGGCUCAGAUCUCUGUGUGAAGAUGAUGUAGAUGGUCCCAUGAGAUGGCUGUGUGUGGCCGGGCGCGGUGGCUCAAGCCUGUAAUCCCAGCACUUUGGGAGGCCGAGACGGGCG